GCGCAGCGCCGCGUCCAGUGCGCAGUGCUCGGGGACGCGGAGCAGCAGCAGCAGCCAGCUGGGAGGAUCCAGAUGUGACCGAGGCUCCAGGAGACGCUUCCCCACCCACAGAACCCCGGAGCAAGGCAUGGGCAGCGGCGCACGCGGCGGUCUGAACCCCGAACGCCUCCACCUCUCCGCCGGACACCGACUCCUGCUACUCGGCGGCGGAUCCGGGAGGAACUAGCUUGAGGACCGCCAGCGAGCUAGCAGCACAGGCUAGCGAGGCUAAGCUAAGCUAGGCUAGCUGCCUCUUAUCAUAGCCCCCCCGCAACGAAUCUUCCCUGCUCGCCCCCGACACGUGCACAGGAGGACAACAUGGUGUACCUGUUGAAUUCUAUAGAGAACCUAAGGAGCCACAUCAACAACCGUCCCCCACUGGUCAUUUUUAUGAUCAGUGUCAGUGCGUUGGCCAUCGCCUUCCUGACCAUCGGUUAUUUCUUCAAGAUUAAAGAGAUAAAGUCUCCGGAGCUGACCGAGGACUGGAACACCUUCCUGCUGCGCUACAACGAGCUGGACGUGUGCGUGUCGGAGAACGAGACGAUAAAGCAUGGCCUGAACGAGUCCACCACACCGGACAGCCUGGUCGUGACCAGUGGCCAGGCUCGCUCCAGCACCCAGACCCCCCUCCUGCUGGACGACUCGGGUGCCAUCAACAUCUCCGUCCCCAUCACGCUCACGCUGGACCCGCAGCGCCCGUUCGGAGGCUACUCGCGCAAUAUCACCCACCUGUAUGCCACCGUGCUGGGGCAGCAGGUCGGCCUCUCUGGCCGGGAAGCCCAUGAAGAAAUAAACAUCACCUUCACCCUGCCUGUGUCCUGGAACUCGGACGACUGUGUGCUGCACGGACACUGCGAGCAGGUGGUGUUCAGCACGUGCAUGACCAUCACAGCGGCCAGCAACAUCUUCCCAGUCACAGUGCAGCCGCCCCACUGCGUGCCGGAGACGUACACCAACGCCACCUCCUGGUACAAGGUGUUCACCACAGUCCGAGACUCAGACACCAAGUACAGUCAGGACUACAACCCCUUCUGGUGUUAUAAAGGAGCCAUCGGCAAGGUGUACCACGCUCUCAACCCAAAGCUCACCGUCAUCGUUCCAGAUGAUGACCGCUCUCUCAUCAACCUGCACCUGAUGCACACUAGCUACUUCCUGUUUGUCAUGGUCAUCACCAUGUUCUGCUAUGCAGUCAUCAAGGGGCGGCCGGGCAAAGUACGACAAACCAGCCAUGACUUCUGCCCCGAGAAGGUACAACAGACACCAGCCGAGCUAAAUGACGUGCACAGGUGGCGCUCUCAGACUGUUAAAAUGAUGUGAGAGAGCUUUGUCAGAACUUAACUGCAAAAACGGACAAACUCAAAAAAAAAAAAAGACUCGGACGAAGAAUAAAACAAACAUACCAGUUGCCUAGUGAACCCUGGAAAUAAAAUUAAGGGACUGGAAAAGCUCUGUGAAUGCAUUACUCCUCGCAAUGUUGGGUUUCUCCAACCAAAGAUAUACAAGUGCCUGUAUCUGUGGUGUAAAUAUUUGUAGGAACUCUGAUAAUCUGUGCAAGACCCUUAUGUUCUUUUUUUUUUCACUAUGAUUCUGAUUCUUUGCCUGGGUUCCCCUCGUGCCAUGUCCGCACACGCAGUACAGACCCGCAGUACAGACACACAGCCAACGGCCACAUUCAAGAACUUCAUCGCCACUUUUUCAUUUUUUAUUAUAAGGAAGAUCAAGAAGAGGAAGGAGGUGUUGGGGGGGGGGGUUACACUUCUCUAAAUGUUUUUUGGGUUUUUCAUAGACUGUGAAUAACGAUGGACGAAUAAAGAAAUGAAGCUAAUAAUUAAUAAAACCCAACUUAUGAAGCAUCAGUGUGAUUGGUCCACGUCCCGUCUGCUAACAUGGAGGAGACGGGCACUCGACUCAUUUUGGGGAAUCGGACGUUUUGGAGACGACCCACGAUGAUGAGCAAGAUGUCAGGUCGCUUGAAAACAAAACGUUUAAGUGACUGAAAUGAAAAGCUGGGUUGAGGAUGACGAGAUGCUUGUGUCGAACGUUUUAUCUCAGCUUCAACACGGAGGAGAAUGAAUGAAGCAUGUUGCUCUGCACCAAACUCCACAGCAGCUCGUCACAACUCGUUAAUUCAGAUGAACUCUUCGUAUUCCGAUUAUUUCUGAUGUCGCAGUCCAAGAGGCUGCACAACCUGUGGUUAAAAAUAUGAUUUUUCUGCCUUUUGAUUAUUUCAGUAAUUCAGUAAUUAUUUCAUUAUUCUUUGUGACUCACCUGCCUCUCGUGGUUCGUCAGCUGCCGGUCGCUCUGCAGCACAUGUACAGUCUCUAUAGCCUCUGUUGCACCUGGAUGGAGUAAACAUAUGAUUCUUGCCUUAUACCUACACUACGAUUGACUUGCUUGCUUGACACAGAAAUAAUAAUAGGCCAGGAGAUGGUUCUCUCUUUCCAGUGUGAACACUCCAGUCUCCUCCUCCUGUUCUAUUCCACUUCGAUGAGCCGGUGGUCGCAAAGCAAAAGUUGUGACCUUUUUUUUUUGAUCUCUUAAUUUUAAUGUCAAGUUGAGUUGUUUUAUGAUGGGAAGGUUUUUUUUAAUAAUUUUCUUGUGCUUUGAUUUUAAGUGAAGCAAUAUAAGUUGCACGCGUUUGCGUCAUUUCUGCACCUUUUAGAUUUCUUGCACGUUUUGUGUCAUUUUAAACGAAUGGCCAAAAUCAAAUGUGAACUGAUGUGAAACUACGAAGUUGGACUCCAACGAAAAGUAAAUAAUAAGUAGAAUAGAACCAAGUAAAGUGGAUUCCAGUGACUUUGCAUUCAGAGAGAAAGUUUAUGGAUUGUUUUUUUCUUUCCCACCGUAAACAUGAAUCAUGAUUAAAUAACUUAAAUUAUUUUUGUAGACACAAAUCAACACAGACAACAAAAUGUGCAAAAACUCGCUCGGUGUUUGAAAGUGAGUGUUGAGUGAGUUUUCGGUGAAUAAAGGCGGCUUCAGCUUGUGAUUCUCUCAAAGUCUGAUCCAGUAUCUGGAUACUUGUAAAUGUGAAAGUCAGAAGGUUAUGAGUCUGUAUCGAAUUGACAGCACAGAAACAAAAACAUAUUCACCCUAGUGGUCAAACUUUGAACUGCAGCUUUAAGGAUCCAGCUCUUGCUCUUCCAGUGGUUAUUUAAUCCAUAUUUUAACUUUGACAAUCAUGUAUUAAAUCACAUUUUAUUUGAAAUUUACAGAAAAAAAAAAAACUGUACUCGAAUCACAUUAGAUUAUUAUUUUUAUUAAUAACAUACUGAUUCUUAAAGGAAAACCAGAGAAUAAUAGAACAGUCUAAAUCCGCCUUUAGUUUGUUUAUGGACGACUUUAUUUCUUUCUUUUUAGGUUUUACUUACCUCGUUAUAAUUCUGUUCCAUAUUUGAAAUACCUGUUGAAUGUACUUUUUCAAAGAAGCAUCAUUGAAUCUGAGAUGUGAGAAUUCCAAGUGAUUUUGAAACGUGUCGUAGUUUCUAGUUGUUUUCAUUUUUGUUUCUGAUUGAAAGGUUUUACUUGAAUUGAAAAGUGGGUUUCGUGAGAAGGUUUUUAUCCGUUUGGGGCAUUGUAUCAAACUCUUUGAACAUUCAUUGUUGGAUUAUCACGUGUGUGUGUGUCUGUUGUGCGUCAGUGGAAGAGUGAGAGGUUUCGACUUUUGGGGUGUGCUCUUUUCUUUUCUUUUCCUCCUGACUGAACGAUGCUGGGACAAGUCUUCCUGAGUCUGAUCUCAAUGUUUUCAUAUCCGGGAUGGUUGUUAGCACGGUGUGUGUGUGUGUGUGUGUGUGUGUGUGUGUGUGUGUGUGUGUGUGUGUGUGUGUGUGUGUGUGUGUGUGUGUGUGUGUGUGUGUGUGUGUGUGUGUGUGUGUGUGUGUGUGUGUGUGUGUGUGUGUGUGUGUGUGUGUGUGUGUGUGUGUGUGUGUGUGUGAGCGAAAGAAACUUGAUGGUGUGAAAGAUGCUUGCAUGAUAUGUUUGUUUUGCCAUAAUAAUUAAAGCAACACUGUGUAACUUUGUAAUUAGGCAACAGCGCCCUCUGCAGCCUCACAAGGGGAUUACGUCUGUUUGGCUCUGAGCUUUGAAGUCGUCGGAUUCUCUCGGACAAACCAAACAACUUCCUCUGUGUCCGUUAAAACAUAAAUAACAAUCUCUUUAGCUCGGAUCAGACAAGUUGGCGUUGAGUCGACUUCCCGUUUAAUGAUUCGAUCGAUUGUCAAUAUCGUCCGAUGUGCAAAGUCCAGAUACUGGACCGAGGAUGAGGACUCGUAGUGAGAAUAAGAGGAAAGAUUCUCUCUAGUCACUGAAUCAUCAACUCCUUUAGAAGCUUCUGUUUUAAGGUGAACAAGUUGUUCAGUGUUGCUCUAAUGAUCUGUUUCCAUGUGAUUUUCUGUCUUUGUCUCUUCUUGCAAAAUGCCUUAACAUUGUUCACAAACAUUAGAUUUUUCUUUUUUUAAAUAAUACAACGCGCCGGCUUUUGAAACUCAAAUCUAAAACAGACUUCUCAUGAUACGACCUCUGAGCUGAAGAGACUCAGUGUUUUGAAUCUACUCCACUUAUAUAUCGACUGGAGGCGUUUUUUUCUUCCACGUUCAGAAAUCGGUCAGAACGAACAGGAAGCUGGAGCACGAGGCGGCCGUCUCAUCAUCCUCCUCCGUCAUGUCAGCAGCGCUUCACUGAGUAUUAAGCCGACUCUGUGCCUUCUGCACUACGGAGCUGCACCCCCACCCCCUGUUCAUCCGGUAGAUAGGACCAUAGGUUUCAUGUGGCUGUAGGUCAUCAGCUGAACCCUUCUCUUCUCCAGUGGAACUGCUGUAAAUGAAUUCAAGUUUAAAUAAACUGUCUCAAUGAUAAACCUGCA